GCAUAUGUCAGUCAUCCAGCUUUUCUCUACCUUUGAUAUGCAACCGUUAACCUAUAAAACUGUCCAACACUCUGAGAGAUGGCAUCUGCAUUCACUUCACCCCAGCUGCUUUCUCACCUUGCACUGAAUAAUCCAAUCGUACCAAUACAUACAAAAUACCACGAAUGUCACCCAGCAACUCAAACUCUGGUUCAAUCUUUGUCACCGGAGGCUCAGGCUUCAUCGGCUUCCACAUUUUGACCCAAUUACUAGACUCCGGGUACUCCGUUCGAGCGUGCGUUUUAUCCAUGUGCGAUACGAAACCAGCACUGACGAUAUUUCAUUCUAAUGCCGCCCGAGGAAAGAAAAUCGAACUUUUGAAGAGGGCUCUCUCCGCCAACUACAGUAACGAUAGAUUCGAAGUCGUUGAGGUCCCCGACAUCGCAUCCAGUGACUUGAGUCACUAUUUUAAAGGUGUUGAUGGAAUAAUCCAUGCUGCAGCUCCUCUUCCAGGGCGAGUCGAUCCAGAAACAGCCUUCAAGAGCAGCGUCGAAGGAUCUCUUCACAUUUUACGAGAAGCCGUCCAAGCACAGGUCCACAAAAUCGUUAUUACCGGCUCUGUCGUGACACAUCCCUUCCCUCAAGGACCAUUCGGCGCCAACGAUUGGAAUCCUAUUACCAAAGAGCAGGCUAUAGCCUCAGGACAACCAUUUCCUAUCUACAUAGCCCAGAAGAAAUAUGCAGACCUGGCAGUGGUUGAAUUCGCUGAGAAGCAUCCAGAGAUAGAUGUGACACUCGUUGGACCUCCUUUCAAUUAUGGGCCUUUCGCUGCUGGCUUUGAACACCUCGUCCCCGAGCCCGAUCUCAGUGCCUUUUCUACGAAUGCGAGUAUCUAUGCGUUCCUUCAACCCGGGAACACCGAGUUCCCUGGUGCCCCAGGCGCUAUCGAUGUCCGCGACUCUGCCAGGGCUCAUGUCCUUGCCUUGAAGUCUCGACCUUCAGCAGAAGUUGGGCGAAAGCGGUUUGCUAUUGUCUCCCCAUUCCAGUCUUCAUAUAAGGACGCUCUUGAGAUCAUCGCCAAAGAGCGCCCGGAGCUUAAGGACCGUCUAACAGAUGCUGCUCAAGCACCGGAAUGGCCUUCGUACGCGCUCCCGACGGAUUGGAGAAGUAUUGAAAAUGUGCUUGGUUUAAAGGCGGAAUCGUUCAUUCCGUGGAGGGAGACUGUUCUGGACACGGUUGACAGUCUUGUCCGCAUAGAGAACUCAUGGAAAGAGAAAGGGUUCAAGGUCCCAGUAUAGAUGCAAGUUCAUCCCGCAUCUACCAUAUACUACCGAACAACGUAACUCUGUACUAUUCUUUGACCAGAUAGCCUACUACAUUACAACUUAAUUGAUCAAAGUUUUUAUUGUCUAG